UUUUACCAUGAAAUUAGCCUUUGCACAAAAUUUUCCCCAACUCCCAUUCCCACAUAUCCACUACCCAAAUUUCCCCCCUCCGACCACCGCCACCCACCGCCCCAUCCCCAUCAAAUUCCGCCUCUUCCCGCUCAACUCCACCAACUCCCCUCAAUCAACCACCAAAUCAUCAUCCUCCGACGACGGAAUCCCAGUUGAGCACGUCAAAACCCUAGUAAAAUUCAAAUCACGCCACAACUACAUCCGCGUCAUCCAAGUCUCCCGGGCGGCGGACCACCCUCUCGCCGGCUCCCGCCUCCUCCUCCUCGACGCCCCUGGAAACAUCCACAGCAUCUCCUAUCUCUUCAAAUCCCUAACCAAUGCCUACUUCGACGUCUUCGCCACUCUCCCCCCACUCCUCCCGCCCGGUCCAAUUGCAAUCCUAGGCUUCGGAGCAGGAUCCGCCGCCCGAAUCAUCCUUGAGCUCCACCCCGACGCCGCCAUCCACGGCUGGGAGCUCGAUCCCUCCGUCCUCGCCGUCGCCCGAGAGUACUUCGGCCUCGAGAAGCUCGAGAAGAAAUACUCGGAGCGGCUGAAGAUCUACACGGGCAACGCGCUGAAUGCCGGCGAGAAGGAGAAAUUCGCUGGGAUUCUGAUCGAUUUGUUCAGCAAAGGCUGCGUCAUUCCGGAAUUGCAGGACGCGGCGACGUGGGAGAAGCUGAGGAGGAGUUUGAGGAAGGGCGGGAGGAUGAUGGUGAAUGUGGGCGGGAGCUGCGUGGAGCCGGAGGAUAUACGGAGAGAUGGGAAAGUUAUAAUGGAGGAGACGUUGAGGGCGAUGCACGAGGUGUUUGGGUGCGAGGUUUACGUGCUGAGCCUCGAUAAUCGAAAGGAUGAUAGUGCGGUUGCACUGACGGGAGGAAUGCCUGACGCCGCCGAGUGGAGGAAGAAGCUGCCGCGGCCGUUGAAGUUCUAUGUUGAUAUGUGGAAGCCUUAUGGAAAUGCAUCCGGAAGACAGUCAAGAUCCGAGCAGACUUGCUCUGUGGCCGCCUUCCUCAGCGAGAGGUGGCAGCAACUCCAGCAGCAAUCCAUACAGUCCUUACAGCAGCUCUGAGUAGCAGUUUCAGCAGAAUUGGUUCAUACUAUCCCGAUCCACACGAAACAACAGAUCCUGCUCCCUCUCACAGCACAACCUCAUCUUUCACCUCUCUUUACGACAACAAGGUGGCGGAUAAUUUGCUUCUGAUACUUCCAGCAACAUAGAAAAUUUAAGUAUUCUGUUCUCAAACUCUCAGAAGCAAGGCAGUUGGUGCUAGUGGAAAUUCCACGUUUCGGGGCAUCUUCUUGAAGAAACAACAUUUGGUAUAAAGUUACAACAUUUGGUAUAAAGUUUAGAGUAAAGGCCAAAAUUGGUACUGAACAUAUAACCAUUUUACGAUUUUGGUCCUAAAUUUUAUCUUUU